UCUUCUCUACUUUCAUAAUUCCACCAAAUCCCUCAUUUUCCAUCUUUAUUCCCACACUCUCUCUGCAUUCCGUCACGCAGAUUCUCCUUCCUCUCCGCGACCCUCUUCGAGCUUAAUAUUUUCCACUCUUUCCAUCAGAUCCGCAACACCCACCUCACCAAACCCCUCUUUCACCCAUCCAUGACGCUUGGCUCAGCAGGAUCCAGUGUCGUGGUUCCAAGGAACUUCAGAUUGCUGGAGGAACUUGAACGCGGAGAAAAAGGUAUUGGAGAUGGCACAGUUAGCUAUGGAAUGGAUGAUGGGGAUGACAUAUACAUGCGCUCUUGGACUGGCACCAUUAUUGGCCCCCACAAUGUAAAUAUUCUUCAGUUACUGCUCUGCUUGCAGGUUCUAAAGUUGUGUUCUUUUUUACCAUUUAUCUGUCAGACUGUACAUGAAGGAAGAAUUUAUCAACUGAAGCUGUUUUGUGAUAAAGACUACCCAGAAAAGCCCCCAAGCGUUCGGUUUCAUUCACGGAUCAAUAUGACUUGCGUUAAUCACGAAACUGGAGUGGUUGAACCAAAGAAAUUUGGUCUUCUUGCAAAUUGGCAAAGAGAGUACACCAUGGAGGAUAUUCUGACCCAGCUGAAGAAGGAAAUGGCGGCUCCUCAUAACAGGAAGCUUGUCCAGCCUCCCGAAGGUACCUACUUUUAGCAUCCAAGAUGGUAUAGAUGUCGGAACAUAUUGCAUAUGCUGUAUGCAAUAUAUAGUGUGUAAUGCUUUGUGGAUCCUUCUGAAUUCAAGAACAUAUAGGGGAAUGCCCCCAAAAAGCUUCAUAUUUCCAUCUCCAUGGUUUCAGAGUUGUUUUAUUAUCUUACUUUGUCAACUGUGCUGAAGGGACGCUGUUUGAUUAAAAUAUUGUGUGUCAAAUAUUUUGGAAGCAACUCUUCAACUAGUAUUUACCCUUCUAAUUGCAAAGAUGCUCUCACUGCAUGUGGAAAACUGGCAAUGGCCUUGUGGAUGUGUGCCUUGUCUUUGGUUGUGUUUGCUUCUCCCUGAUGUCAAAACCCGAUCCUCAUUUUUAGGAAAACUUCCCGAGCUUAAUAUGAUGUGUUACGUCUUUCUAUUCUUUAUCGUGGG